UUCAACUCUUCUAUAUUAUUAAAAAAAAAAUAAAUUAAAUUAAAAUAAAAAUAAAAUUUAACAAAAAGGAAAUAAUUUUUUCCUAAUUGUCCUUUAAAUUAUAAAAUAUAUUUUUAAAAAAAUAUUGACAAUAAAAUACAAAAUAUAAGGAUUAAAAAACAACAUUUUUUUUUGUUUAAAAAAAAAGAGCGAAAAUAAUAUUAUCACAAAGGUGCACAAUAUACAAGUAGAUACCAAACAGGCUAUAAUACCAAACCACAUUUAUCUAAAAUAAAAAAGGAGAUUUGACACCAAGGCAAAAAUACCAAUAUAAUACAUACCAACAUAAUGUUACGAACAUCAAAUUACAAAUUUGCAAUUUUAGUUGUUAUCUGUUUGGCUUUAAUGUUUGAAAAUAUUUCAGCCUCUAUGUCUAGACCACCCAGAAAUAACGAUGUCAGUAAUAUGGCCGAAGCUCUUAAAUAUUUACAAGAUUUGGAUUCAUACUAUGCUAAUGUUGCCAGACCAAGGUUUGGUAAACGUGCAAGUUUAUUACAAAUUUUAAAAGAACGAGCUGCAGCACAAGAUGAUAACGAUUUGACUGGCAAAACAAAUACAUACCUCAGAGAUGAAGUGUUUUAACUACAUAUAAAAAAUAAAUAAUAAAUAAUAUACAUUUAUUAAUAAAAAAUAAUCAAAAUUUUAAGACCCACUGAAUAAUAACAAAAUUUUGAAAAAAAAAAAAAAAAUUAAAAAUCUAUAUACAUAAUAUAC